AUGGUUAAAAAAAUUAGAUCUGAAGAGAAAAAGGGUUCUAGCAAAAAGGAUGUUGCUCCUAAGAAGGGAGAUGUCCAAAAGCCAACGAAAACCAAGGAAGUAGCCAAGAAGGCUGCAAAGAAGGUUGUCGAAAAGAAACCCAAAUCUGGUUCUAAGAAAUCUAAGAAGCAAGAGUCUUCUUCUGAAUCUGAAUCAGAAGAAGAGAAGCCUGCUCCUAAGAAGUCUAAGAAGGACAAGAAGGAAAAGAAGCAAGAGAAGAAGGAAAGCAGCAGUGAAGAGUCCUCUUCUGAAUCUGAAUCCGAGUCUUCUUCUGAAGAAGAAAAGCCUGCCCCCAAGCAAGAGAAGAAGGAAAAGAAGCAAGAGAAGAAGGAAAGCAGCAGUGAAGAGUCCUCUUCUGAUUCUGAAUCCGAGUCUUCUUCUGAAGAAGAAAAGCCUGCCCCCAAACAAGAGAAGAAGGAAAAGAAGCAAGAAAAGAAGGAAAGCAGCAGUGAAGAGUCCUCUUCUGAUUCUGAAUCCGAGUCUUCUUCUGAAGAGGAAGAAAAGAAGGAGAGCAGCAGUGAAUCCUCUUCUAAAUCUUCAUCUGAUUCUGAAUCCGAGGCUGAAGAGGAAAAGAAGGAAAGCAGCAGCGAAUCCGAAUCCUCUGACUCCAAAGAAGAAAAGAAGAGCUCUAAUUCUAGCUCAUCUGAAAGUGACUCUGACUCUGACUCUUCUGAUUCCGACUCCUCAUCUAGCGACGCUUCCUCUGGCUCAAGCGAAAAGAAGCGUAAGGCUGAAGAUGUUGAAGAAGAGAAACCCGCCAAGGUUUCCAAGCCCGCCGACUCUAACGAGUCUUGCACUCUUUUCGUCGGUCGUCUUUCUUGGAGUGUCGACGACCAAUGGUUGGGCACAGAAUUUGAAGAAUACGGUACUGUUGUUGGUGCCCGUGUUAUCAUGGAUGGUCAAAGUGGUCGCUCCAAGGGUUACGGAUACGUUGACUUUGAUUCUCCUGAAGCAGUGAAGAAGGCAUGCGAAGUCUCUGGCCAGAAGGAAAUUGACGGACGUGCUGUUAACUUGGAUGUUUCCGCUCCUCGUCCUCCCAAAUCUGAACCUUAUGGUCAGCAACGUGCUGGAAAGUUCGGUGAUCAGCUUUCUGCCCCCAGUGAUACCGUCUUUGUCGGAAACCUUUCUUUUAACGUUACCGAGGAGGAAGUUGGCUCUGCUUUUGCCACCUGCGGUGACAUUCAAUCCGUUCGUUUGCCCACUGACCCUCAAUCUGGUCGUCUUAAGGGUUUCGGUUAUGUUACCUUUUCCGAUAUCGACUCUGCUAAGCGCUGUGUCGAAAUGAACGGGCACUUCAUUGCUGGUCGUCCUAGCCGUCUUGACUUCUCCACUCCUCGUACUGGAGGCGGUGGUCGUGGUGGUUUCGGCGGUGGUCGUGGCCGCGGUGCCCCCCGUGGAGGAGGCGCCCGAGGAGGUGCUCGCUCUAGCAAUCCCAACCGUGGAUCUGUUACUGAAUUCAGUGGCAACAAGGUUACUUUUGACUAA